AUGCUGCUCGCCGUGCCGACCGCCGCCGCCGCCGCCGCCGCGGCCGAGGUCGUACGCCAGCCGGGGGCGCUGCGCGGCCUGAUCGCUGCGGCGGGCGUGGAUUUGUUCGUCCCCAUCGCGCUCAACGCCUGGGAGUGGCUCUCGCGUGCCGGCGUGGCAGCGGAGGACAUGGCGCGGGCCGUCGCCGAAGCGGGGGCGGGCGGGGCGCUGCGGCGCGUCGCGGGCGCGGCGGAGCGGGUGUUUUCAGAGGACCCCUCAAAAGACGGCGAUUUCGGGAUGAUGGUUGGCGGCCUCACCAUGCUGUGGGUGGUGGGCGCGCUGAGGGGCGCGCUGCGCAGCGGCACCCGCGCCUUGGAGGCCAUGGGGCUGCUGCUCGCGCUCAAAACCCACAGCACAAGCGCGCCCGCGGCGGCGCCGCCGCGUGACGAUCAUCGCAGCGGCGGCGACGGGGGCCGCAGCGGCGGCGCGGAUGGCGGCGGCCGCGGCGGCAGCGGCGGCGGCUCGGACGGUUGCGGCGGCGGCGGCCGCGGCGCGGACAGCCGCUGCAGUGGCGAAAACCUGCGCGACCCUCGGCUCUUGGCCGAGGUGGUGCGCGCCGCCGGGUCGGCGGACUCGAGGGUGUGCCUGCUCGCCUUCCGCUUCAUGGGGCUUGGCUAUGAGGCUUGGUCGAUACCCCUGAUGGCUCCUGUCGCAGUCUCUGCGCUGCGCAAAACGGACUGGGAACUCACAGAGAGGGCGAGCAAGAUGAUGUGCCUGUCCUUCUCGCCCGCCGUCGCCGCCACGCUGCUCCAGCUCGGCGCCUCCAACGCCCUGCGCGACGCCGCCGCGGCCGCAGCUGCCGCCGCCGGCGGCGCGGCCGCAGGAGGCGGCCUCGCAAACGCAUGGGGCGGCGGCUCUGACCGUGACGCUGCAUGGGCCGCGGCCAUUUGGGCGGCGCUCGCGGCCAUUCAACUGCCCCAGGAGGCUGCGGCCGGCCGCGCCCCUGGCGUGGGCCCCUCACCCUCUGCGGACGCGCCAUCCUGGGCGCUGGACGUUGUGUCCUCGGUGCUCUCUGCGGCGCGCGGCGCGGCGGCCGCUGCAAAAGCGCUGGAGGUGAUGCGCGCUGCGCCGGCCGAGGCUCUUAGGGUUCUUGCACGCCACCCCGGGCUGCUGCGGGGCGUCGGCGCGUUCGUGGCCGGCUGCGGGGACGCUGCAGCUGUUGAUUGGGGGCUGACAUCUGUCAGGGCGCUGGCAAAGCUGGAAAGGGCGGCGUGCGCCAGCGAUGAUACAGAGGGCGGCUGCGCCGCUGCUUGCGGCGGCGAGCCCUGCGGGCCGGGCGCUCUGGCGGAGCUGCGGCGCUGGCUGAGCAUGCUCUCGCGCGCGCCGGACAGGGCCGUUGCAUGGGAGGCGGCGGCGGGGCUGGCCGCGUUCGACGCGAGCCGCAGGGCGAGUGCAGGUUAUCUCGGUUCGGGCAAGGGCGGCGGCAGCAGCGGUGACGACGACACCGGAACGGGUGCCAGCGCCGAGCGCGGGGCCAUGGCUAGCAGUGGCGGUCGCAGCAGCGGGGAGGCAGCGGGGUCGGCCGGUGCCAGCACGUCACAGCAGGCGGCAGAGGCGCAGCUUGGGCGGGCGCCCAAGGCUUGCGCCGGCUGCCGCAAAGUCAGGUACUGUGGCGAAGCGUGUGCCAGGGCAGCCUGGGCGGCGCACAAGAAGGAGUGUAAGGAGCACCAGCAGCAGCAGCUGAAACAGCAGCAGCAGCAGCAGCAGCAGCAGCAACAGCAGCAGAAACAGCAGUCGCAGCCGCAGCAGGCUCAGCAGUCGCAGCCGCAGCAGGCUCAGCAGGCUCAGCAUGGGGUAGAAAAGCAGCAGCAGCAGCAGCAGCAGCAGCAGCAGCAGCAGCAGCAGCAGCAGCAGUUGCAGCAGCAGUGA